AUGGAUGCCCAGAUAAGUCAACAAGAUGACUUAGGUCACGAUACAUUGAUGGGAUUUCAAGAAUUAGAUUCCCAUCUUGCUAUAUUUGAGUCUACGGAGAACGCAAGAGAUUCAUCCACCCUUGGUACUAUUUCUACUCCCGGCUUCGACCCAGCCAUCGACACCAUUGAAUCACAAUCAGCUUUUGAAACCUUUGAGCAUACUAUCAUCGUUGACAGCUCUACUGAUCUUUUUCAAUCUGAUGUCAAAUCCCGUGCAAGGGUCAUCAAGGAUCCCAAACCUAGUACAGACGUCAACAAAAAAGCUGCAGGUCAAUCUAAAUACGCCUCUGAUGGCAACAUAGUCCUGAAGCCCGAAAGCGCUCGAGAUUCUUUAGCCUCUUCAAUGACUACAGAUCACGACGACGGUACCUCAUCACUGUCCUCACUGUCAAGCAACCCUAAUUCUCCAACAUAUGUCGAUAAACAUUUUGGAGAGGUUACAAAAAUAUCAUCCUUGGAUGAAAAUAGACAGAAAUAUAAUGUACGUCCGAAAGAAUCGAUACCCACGGAUAUUCAUCCAGCGGAGUAUGCCAGACAGUGCAUCGCAGCAGCAGAAUCAUCACGGCUCAGCCCAUACACUUUGCAUCCAGAGGAGUAUCAUAUGCUACGUAGGCAUAUAAGCCAUCAGCAGGUCACGACGUAUCUCAAUAUCAGAAAUGGAAUCCUCCGGCUUUGGACCCGCAAUCCGUCGAUACAUGUAAUGAGAGAUGAAGCUAUUGGAUGUGCAAGAGAUGUCCGUUGGUUUGAGGCUGCUCGAGUAUGCCACGAAUGGUUGGCUCGGCGCGGUUAUAUCAACUACGGUUGCCUCGAAAACCCGGAGUCCAAAAUAGAUAAAAGCGAGAUGCGAAAUACCGUACGAAACAGGCGAACUGUUGCCGUCAUUGGAGCUGGCAUGUCUGGCUUAGGCUGUGCUAGACAAUUAGAAAGCCUCUUUGCCCAAUUCGAAGAUCGGUUUCAUGAUAUGGGGGAGGAAUUACCCCAUGUAGUCAUAAUAGAAGGCAGAGAUCGAGUUGGUGGGAGAGUAUAUUCUCGGCAAUACGAAUCGCGACCAGAAUAUCCAACCUUAAUUCCUGGCAGUCGAUAUACUGCAGAAAUGGGCGGUAUGAUUAUCACAGGGUUUGAUCGUGGCAACCCGCUGAACGUUAUUGUAAGAGGACAACUGGCACUGCCUUAUCAUCCAUUAAAGCCAGAUACCACGAUAUAUGAUGAUGGUCGCCCGGUUGACCUCGAACGUGAUCAGCAUGCCGAAAAGCUUUUCAAUUAUAUCCUCGACCGCGUUGGCGAGUACAAAUUUAAAAUUCCACCACCGCCUCUCAUUGAUGGUGAUAGGGACCAUCUAGAUGCAGGACGCGAUGGCAAUGGGGAUGGAUCUAGAACAAUUAGCGAGGUUGAGAAUAGAGCCAGUUUUGCCACGCAGUCUGUUGCAAGUGAGAAAUCAUCUGCUCUCGAACAAAUGGUGCCAGUGGCAUCAGACAGGCUCACUGGAAGAGCCCAUUUGGAGCCCGGGAUUCCAGCUGUGCAUACUGCUGCUUACAAAGCCCGCGAGAUUGGUUGGAAGCUUAGAGAUGGUGUUGGCAUUGAAUUUGAUCUAGACCUUGAGCGACCGACGAGCAAAGGGAAUGCUACACUUGGAUCAGUAUUUGAUGACGCUAUUCGGCAGUAUAUGAGAAUGAUUGAUUUUACUCCGCUUGAUCUCAGGCUAAUUAAUUGGCACGUCGCAAAUCUCGAGUACAGUAAUGCGAUCACCUGCAAUAAGUUGAGCUUGGGAGGUUGGGAUCUCGACGCCGGUAACGAAUGGGAAGGCAAGCACACAAUGGUCACAGGAGGUUACCAACAAGUCCCUCGAGGUCUACUUAAUUUCCCACGACUACUGGAUGUGAAGAAAAGAAGUGCAGUGAAACGUAUUGUCUACAAUCCUCAUCAUACCGUUGCCUCAUCUAGGAUUGACUGUGAGAACGGCGAGUCAAUCGAGGCAAACUACAUCGUUUCCACUAUUCCCCUGGGUGUUUUGAAGCAAAACAACAUUGAAUUCGAACCAGAGUUACCUUCAUGGAAGACUGGUGCAAUUCAGCGGAUUGGUUAUGGGAUCCUCAAUAAAAUUAUCCUGGUGUACAAAGAGCCUUUUUGGGACGAAGGUCGAGAUAUCUUCGGGACUCUACGUAAUCCACCCAACAAAUUCAGUCUAGACCAAGGAGAAUAUUUCACACAUAGGGGGAGAUUUUUCCAGUGGUUUAACUGCACAAAAACAUCCGGCAUGCCAACUUUACUAGCUCUCAUGGCGGGCGACGCAGCGUUCCACACGGAGAAGACCUCAAACGAAGAAUUGAUAUAUGAGGCUACGACAGUUCUAAGAGGCGUUUUCGGUGAUCACAUUCCUAUGCCUGUAGAGUCGAUUGUUACUCGUUGGGGCAAAGACCAGUUCUCCCGUGGCAGUUAUUCUUACACUGGCCCAAAUUUCCAAAGUGAUGAUUACGGGGUCAUGGCAAAGCCUAUCGGUAACCUAUUCUUUGGUGGAGAGCAUACUUGUGGUACACAUCCAGCCACCGUUCAUGGAGCUUACAUCUCGGGUCUCAGGGCAGCCUCGGAGGUAUUGGAAUCUAUCAUCGGACCAAUAGAAGUUCCGGAUAAUCUCAUUCCACCCAAGGAAUCGGCAUCAAAGAGAAAGGCUGAGGCCAUUGAAGUUCCUAAGGAUCCAAAACAGGCGCGUCUCGAGGCAUAUGAAAUCGAGAUAUGGAAUGCGAUAUACGCAAAGCUCGGUGAUCGACCUUGGAAGCCUGCAAAGAACCACUCCAAUUCCUACCAAAUGUACAGUAAGGAUACAUGGGAGGAAGCUAAAAGAAAAUGCGAGGAAGGUCGAAGGCCGGGGAAAGGUAAACCAAUUACCAACGAAGUUAAGAAAAUGAUCACGAAAAUGUGGAGUGAAGCUCCAGAGGAUGUGAAGAAACCUUAUAUUGACAGGGCUUUGGAACGAAAAAGAAUCUAUCAAGAAGCUGUUGCGGAUUAUAACGUGAAAUCGGCGAAAUGGGAUAAAGACGCUUGGGAUUUCAGAGUACAAUAUGAAAAGGAUCACCCUAGUCUACCAGGUCCAGACGAGGACAUUGGUAGCCCUUGGAGACGUGAUAGAAAAGCAAAGAGGAACGCAAGUGGUUAUGCUGAAGAUUCCGGUUCUGAACUGGAUUUGUAA